AUGAGAGAAUGUGCCUGUCCAAAGGCCACUAGGCCUGUUUUUGCCAGCUUUGCAGAACCGGGGAACCCGGGGAGGAUGCCCCUGAGCACCCACCUCCUCUCCGGGGGCCUGUGGCCUGCAGCCUCGCAGGCGGGCACGUGGCGGCUGCACCCCUGGGGGCCCAGCGCAGAGGCCACCAGGCCGAGCCGGGGGCGGGCGCUGGCGAGCUGGGGCCACGGGGCGCACGGUGGCGGCGGCUGCCGUGCGAGGCUGGGCCGGGACUUGGGCGGACGCGGGACGCCGAGCGCACCGUCCCCUCCCUGCUCGGAUCCCACAGCGCAAGCCGAGGCCAGCGCGCCGCGGGCAGGUGAGGGCACGCCCAGCCCGGCCUGCCGGGCCCGCUCUCCUGGAGAGGAGGCGCUCUUCGCAGCUUUGCCGGGCCACGCGGGGCCGCGGGGCUGCUCCGUAGCGGGAGUGCGGGGAGCCCCUGGGCCCGCCGCCCGCGUCCUGCCCCGCUCUGGCCUCCUCUCCGCCCGCGCCUCGGCCGCCUGGUUUUCCGGGUUCCUCUGGACGAGCCCAGCCCCACUGAAUCAGGACCCCCGCUCCAACAAGAUCCCUGGUGAUUGCUCUGCACGGUGGCUUAGGGGGAAUGGCGAGCUACAGACGGCGUUUGGGAGAGACGUGGCUGCAUUCUCCCUCCUCUUCCACACUGCCCGCAUGAAGUUUAAACAGUGGCUGCAGUCAUGAAUACGGUCCCGGCCAGGACAUGUGCGGGCAGAC